AUGGCCGGAAGCGCAGCCGAGGUCUCGCCAAGAGCGACCCGCGAGGAGAUGCGAGAUGCCAAACUGCCCAUCGCCUACCGCGACAGCUGCGCCGGCCUGCUGAUCCCCUUGAACCGGUGCCGAGUCGACACAUACUACCUGCCCUGGAAGUGCAAUGACGAGCGACACAGCUACGAAAAAUGCCAGUAUGAAGAGUUCAAGAAGAGAGUGACCAAGAUGAACGAGCUGCGCGAGGCCAAGGAUGGUAUGAGGAGCAAUUAG